AUGAAGAUUCUGCUUACUCUUUAUGAUAUCUUAUAUAAUCUCGAUUCCUCCAUAAUUUAUAUGUCCUUUUUGAGACUAGAAGAGGUACGUACAGAAGAUAGUCUGGAACUGAAUAUCAUGUCUAGCCUGAUUGAAGGUCUUCCUCAUGACGUUGCCCUCAGAUGCCUUGCUUUUGUUCCAUUUUACCUCCACGCCACGUUGGAGCAAGUUUGCCAUUCGUGGAGAGAUGCCAUUUGUAGUGGCGAAAUUUAUAAAGUUCGAUCUGAGUGUGGUACGGCGGAGGAUUUGCUAUUCGUAUGCUGUCAUGAUGAAGAAAAUAAAUGGCAGUUUUAUGAUCCUAUUGAAAACUUUUGGGUCACCCUCCCUGAACUUCCAGGGGGAAGAAAGCAUUAUUUUGGUGUUGUCUCCACUCAUCAAAAGCUGUUUAUUCUUGGUGGUCUCUUGAUAAAUGCUAUUGAUCCAUCAAUCGAUGAAGAUUUUUCAUGCAAUGAGGUAUGGUCCUUCAACCCUAUGACUCGAAAAUGGUCAAUACAAGCACCAAUGCACGAGGCACGUUCAUUGUUUGCUUGUGGUAUUUUGGAUGGAAUGAUCAUUGUUGUAGGUGGCAUGAAUAAAAAAUUUGAAUCAACUCCCAAGGCAGAAAUGUAUGACCCUGUGAAGGAUGUUUGGAUUCAAUUGCCUGACCUGCCUCGAAUCUGUGAUUCGGGCAUUUGUAUGGGAGUAGUAGUUGGGAGAAAAAUGCACUUCAUAUACAAAGGAUUGCCCAUAGUUCAAACAUUUGACACUGUGGAGUGGAGGUGGACAAUUGAGGAUUACAAUUGGUUUUCCCACAUCUGGUUGAUGACUGCUGAUAGAGAUAGAAUCUACAUCAUGAGCCAAGGAUAUAUCUUCCUGCAAAUUGGACAAGACAGCAAAGUUGUUAUUUCAGCAGAUCAGUUUAAUCUGAAUGAUGGGAUGGGGAUGAUUUGUUUCAGAGGAGAACUGUAUGUGAUUGGAGGAACACUUUACACCGACCGCGAUUAUGAAUAUCUGUCAGACGUGCACGUUCUUACACUGAGCAGUGAUUUCAGAACAUGCUGGAUUACUAUUGCUCCAAUGAGUCGAGGAUAUGGAAGUGUUCUUGGUUGUGCAGCCUUGAGGGUUUAAGAUUUGUAUGCCUUUGUCUGUGUUUCCUAGUGAUUUUAUGACUCAGUGGGAUUUUGUAUGUUGUUGUCACUAGAAUUAUUAUGUAUGGUUGCAUAGAUGGAAAAUAACUUGAGGGGGGAUGGGAGGCUUGUUUAGAAGGAUUUCACUUUGAAAAGUAUGGCACUAAUAGAAUUUUAUUGGUACUACUUAAUUUGAAGCAAAUUCAGAAUUACAAAUUUGGUAUA